AUACAAAACACCCCCAGCAGACACGUAGGGAACGAAGUUUGCUACGAGAUCGAAAUACCGCUAAAUUCCACUUGAGAGAGCCUAAAUUACCGCCUUUUCACGAAAAUUAAAAGUAGGUGAGGUAUUUCAAUACACUUUUGAGGUUACUGAAGUUUUCCAGCGUCAAAAACAUCAUCUGAAUCGUUAUACUAACGAGAAACAAUGGACGACAACGUUGGCGUUCCGAGGACAGGCGAAGGAUUAUCGGUAGUGCCUUCGUUAUCUGAAGUAAGCGAACAGAUCGCCAUCGCCGAGCACAUCCCGACUGAACACGAAACUACCACAACUGCUGUCUUCCAUGCAGGCGAAGAGGCUUCGAAUACGAAUGUCGGUGGGCAUCCACAGUGUGAAGUGCAAGUGGUGAAAGUCGGGGAUGGCAAUGUUAGUAUCAGUUUCGCUACCCCUGCUCCGGCCGUGUCACACAUUCAAGCUUCUCAAGCCUCUUUACAGCCCAUUCAGGAGGUCAUCGCAGACAGUCCGGCGCAUUCCACUCGAUCAUCUAGCCCAAAUCUUCAAGAAUCGCAAGCUGUGACAACCAUUCAACAAGCAGAACAAGAUGAAAUAUCUGGGAAUCAACACGCCGACGAUGGUUCACCUCUGGCGCGUCAGAAGUUCGAAACCCAGGGGAAAUCUGCGUGGGAUGCAGCGUUGAGUACAGAGAUACUCAUCGUCCGCUGUAGAAACGAAACGGCUGAGUUAUUUAAGACAAAACUUGGAUCAGGAGGUCGUGGAAAGUGCAUUAAGUAUCAAGACCAAUGGAUGACACCAUCAGAGUUUGAAGCACGUUGUGGAAGGGCAUCUUCAAAGGACUGGAAGCGCAGCAUACGUUAUGGUGGUCGAACCCUCCAGUCUUUGAUUGAGGAUGGAAUUCUCACUCCUCAUGCCAUUUCCUGCACUUGUGCAACUUGUUGUGAUGAUGACACUCUGGCUGGUCCAAUAAGACUGUUUGUUCCAUAUAAACGUCGCAAGCGUGAGUCAUCACAAUCUGGAUCACCAAUUCUAAAGAAGAGUUUGUCUCUCAGUUCUGAGAACUCUCGACGAGAUGCCCAUGGAUUCAUGAUGCGGUCUGUUAGUGUUGACUCAGCAUCUGGUGCUUUUGCUACUAAUGAGGAUGGAACAGUCAUGGACACUGGAGAUUUAUCUAGUGGUCUGGUGACAGUCAGCAGCUGUGUAACGAGUGCAGUGCCACCUCAGACUCCUGCCACUCCUCUUACACCUAUGAUGAGUCCUUGUCCCCCAAUCAUGACACAGGCAGCAGCAGUCAGACCUGAAGGGCAACAGACCAUCACAGUUACUUUACCUGUUACACCUCUCCCAACAGGAGAUGCAGUCGUAGAUCAGAGAAGACAUUGGUGGCAUAUUGAAGAGAUGGUGAACUCUUUGUUGAAUACAGCUCAGCAGUUGAAGGGAAUGAUAGAACAUGCUAAGCUGCAAGCAGAAGCAUCAAAGGAUGCAGCCAUCACUCAGGUCAAACUUCAGGCAGAAGCAGAAAAGAAAGAGGCCUUGGCACAAGCUCGCAUGAAUUCUCUGAUGCAGUUUUCCCGGGCAUUAAAUGAUGCUCGAGUGGAGAAGGAAGCUGCCAUAGCACAAGCUGUGGCACAAGCAAAAGCUGAGAAAAUGGAGGCUGCUGCUGAUGAACGGCAGGAACAACUUAUCAAGUCCCUCAAUGGUGGUGAAGGUGAAAUAGCAAUGGAAGAAGACCCCUCAGUUGUUGAGGAAGGAGAAAAGAAUGGUGUGGAAUAGAACCAGAUCAAGUUGAAACUAACCUACCUUUAAACUAAACUGAGAAAUGAAGAACCUCUCAGUGAUACAUGUGCAUGUAUUGUGGAAUGCUUAACAGACUGAGAGUUGCUUUUGAAGCUCCAAUGAAAUUGCCUAAGAGGUGUCAGGAGUACUGCUGAGAGGAAGUUUCCCAGAUUGGUUGAUACAAGAAUUAUUCACCUGUGACAGCAUUUCUUGAUUUCAUUCAUCAUCCAAGCAUUGUGCUCAUCACUUAAAUUCUACUUUACAUGUACCUUUGUCAAUAUUUCAUUAGGGUGAUCUGCCCUUGACAGUCUACCUUAGGAAAAGUAUGAACUACCUUUGCUUCUGCAAUUUUUUCAUGUAGUAGCAUAGACAGUGCUGUAGUUUCUCAAGACAUAUGGCAAUGUCGUUGAAUAACACCAUACAACCCUUUUACGUAGUUCUCUUUUCUAUUUGAGCAUUGCAAAAGAAAAUGAAAGUAUUCAUAAUGGCCAAUAAAGUAAAAAGAAAACAUCACAAGGAGCUUAUUAGAGGAAUCAAUGGAUAAAGUGAAGCAGAAGCAAUGCUAUUGGGAAUAACUUUUGGACACUCAGUUGAAAACUGCUCAAAUUGUUUUUUACAAAAGGUAGUGAGCUAUCUAGUUAUUUCUCUGGUCAUUAGUGUUUUUCACCUUUUAAACAGAGAUGGGGGCCAAGGGUAUUUAUUGUUAUGUUUGAGUUCACAGUAAGGAGCAAACAUGCUUCUCUCUCUCUCUUUCUUUCCCCCUGGAAAGGAGAGAGAGAGAGAGAGAGAGAGAGAGUGCCUGGCAAGAAGCUUAACAUACAGCAUGACUGAUUAGAUUUAGACCAGGAGCCUCAGUUGUCCACUGUUGUAAAUAUUUGUAGCUAACUGGGUUUGAGUCCUUCCAGUUGGCUUUCUUAACUCGUGUCAUUACACUGCUGAGGAUAGGCAAAUCAUUCAUAUUUUGUGACUGCAUAUACAUUUAUGUAUGUUUGUAUUUGUUGAAUUUGUAAAAUAAUUACAUUG